AUGGGAGACAAGCCAGUUUGGGAGCCGAUUGGAUCCAGCUUCAAUCAACAUUAGUACCAGUUAUUUGAUAAUGAUAGAACGCAAUUAGGCGCAAUUUACAUUGAUGCCUCAUGCCUUACGUGGGAAGUACAACAGUUCCAGGGGAAAGCUGCCAUUGUGGAGAAGUUGUCUAGCCUUCCGUUCCAGAAAAUCCAGAACAGCCUCACGGCACAGGACCAUCAGCCCACGCCAGAUAGCUGCAUUAUCGGCAUGGUUGUGGGCCAGCUUAAGGCGGAUGAAGAUCCCAUCAUGGGGUUCCACCAGAUGUUCCUAUUAAAGAAUAUCAACGAUGGCUUUUGCACCAAUGACAUGUUCAGGUUUGCCCUGCAGAACUUCGGCUGACCUCCUCUCAGCCAGGCACUAACGCUGUUUCCUCCCCCCUUCUCUUCCCAAUACUCCUCCUACUCCUCCAGAUGCUCCAAAUAUCAUGCACAAAUAAGCAGGGCCGCGGCGGGAGUGGUCGCAGUGCGCUGCUGCCACCGAAGUGUUGUGCAUGAUGUUUGGACGCUAGACUAGUUACAUCUGACAGGAGAAGUUUGUGUUGUACCAGCGCGUGCCUUGGAAAGACUUAAGUAAUGCAAAAGGUUGUCGUUUGUUUUUGUUUUUUCUGUUUGUUUGUUUUUUUAAAUCUACUGACAGGUUGCUUUAGUAACCCAAAGAAGUGAAGGAGAAAGCAGCUGCCUCACCGCCCAGACAUUGAUUUGUUUAGAUGUUUCAAUGCCUUAUGAUACAAUAAAACCACAAAAAU